AUGCAUUGCCGCCGCCAGCCGCACAUGCUGUAUUCGGGUGGCCAGCGCAGUCGGGCAGGUUGUCUGCUCUUUUCCCUUGCGCGCAUCCCGAAGCAGCUGGCAUCAUCCGGGCUGGCGCCCCAGGAAUUCCGCCGGCAAUUGUCGGUGGUCGUUUUUCCUUCGGGAGACGCCAGCAGGAUCAACAUCACCACUACCAACCGCCCCCUGCAUUCCCAGAUCCUCGUUUGUGCCGAUCGUCCAAUUGCUUCCGAGAAGCAUAUUCACACGCAACUCAAACGAUGGUGGAUCGUUUUGAGUCAGUAG